CAGGCCAACAUUGGGAGGCUUCUCAGCAACUAGGGCCCAGCUUGAAUUUGCCCCCUCAGGUCCGGCGUCUUUUGUCUCCAGUCGCAUGAGGGAAGGACGAAGGGGCGAGGAGGAGCCAAGUUGGAAGAAAGUUUGGGUUCCUGAACUACCUUUUGUUGUCAGCUGGGCGUGACGUCAGAGGCCGCCGCUGCCGCCGCGCCGUGCAAGGUUGUGUCCACGUGUGACCAGCUUAAACUAGUUCUGAAGACACAAAGGGAAAGGAGAGGGAGAUAAGGAGGCAGGCAGUGGAGCAGAGCCAGCGGCAGAAGGAACAGCCUUCGCCAGGACACACUCCGAGGCGGCGGUCAGUGCUCCCUCAGCAUCGAUCCAGAAUGCAGGUCCGUGGACUCUUUUUCCUCUUGGUGCUGAUUCUUCUGGCUGUUUCUUCUGAGGCUGGCAAGAAUAAAAAAGACAAGGUGAAGAAAAAUGGCUCUGAUUGUGAGGAAUGGCGCUGGGGUCCCUGUGUCCCUAACAGCAAAGACUGUGGUGUGGGUUACCGUGAGGGAACCUGUAAUGAGGAGACCAAGAAACUCAAGUGCAAGAUACCCUGCAACUGGAAGAAGGAAUUUGGAGCUGACUGCAAGUACAAGUUUGAGAGCUGGGGUGGGUGUGAUGCUGCAACAGGUCUGAAGGCCCGUUCGGGUACUCUGAAAAAGGCCCUGUACAAUGCCGAGUGUCAGGAUACUAUUCAAGUGACUAAGCCUUGUUCUCCUAAGGCCAAAUCAAAAUCCAAAGCCAGGAAAGGAAAGGGGAAAGACUAGAAUGAUGGACAUAACCCCACCAUCUUCAGGGCACGAUGCCUGAAUCCAGUUGGACACACACCACUCGGAGCUGCAGCGUGCUCCCUCCCAGCUUGGCAAUGCUUUGCCAAAUCCCACUGCUCUUCUGCAUGCACAACUUUGCCCUUAACCAAGAUAUCAUUUUUAAACAUUAGUUUUGUAGAGAGCAAGCCUACCCUGUUCAGAAGGAGGUGCUGUUUGCCUUCCCUUUAACUUCUCCCUCCUGUAUAUGUACCCUAGUGUUCUUUGCUCUGGUCCCCUCCCCCCCCCAAAAAAAAUCAGCGUGAUGCGUGUUGAGAUGGGUUGGGCUGAGCUAGGCUGUGGAUUCACAUCUGGGAUCCUUUAUCAAAGCCACAUAGCCUUUUGGCACAUCUCUUGCAAGCUUAUGUGUGGCUGUGACUUUCCCAUGCAAUUUCGCCUUGCCACAUACAGAUUAAACUAGCCAGAGAGACAGCUCCAUGGAAUGUUGGUGGGGAGGAGGUAGUUGCAGUGAGAACAGGGAGAGUGCAAAGCCCCAAAUCUGCCCAACUUCCUUACUAAAGGAGGCCAUGUGCAGUAGGAAGAUUUUGUCUUCUUUGAUGACAUUUUGGUGCCCACAGAUUUACAGGGAAUUAAAUCUGUGCCUAUUACCCAUGGUGCUUUGUGUGUGUGCAUGCAUGUGGUUACUUUUCCUGUGUUAUCUCUCCAAUAUAUAUGUGCAUCAGCAUCACAUUCGGUUGGAGGCUCCCCAUCAGGGGAGAGGGGUGUGUGUGUGAGAGAGAGAGAGCGAUUUCCUCAAUGAGCCAUGUUUGCAGGCCAUACCUUCUGUCUUAUCCAGAGUUAAUGAGCAUUGUUUUUCUUUCAGUCAUUAUGUCUUCAUUCCUUCUGUCCCUUCUUAUCUGUAUUUUUGCUGGGACGCUGCAGCCUUUCCCUACUUUACUGGUGCUGGGGAAGCCCUCUCUGCUUUUUACAUCCCUCCCCUUUUCCAAUAAAAAUCUUUUUACAAAAACAA